AUGGGAAACGCCACGUGCGCAAAGUUGCUUUACUUGCAUCCAGAUGUCCGUGCGUUCUACCACAAGGUUUGGUCGUUGAAUGAAGGUGACAAGCAGGAUGAAGAUGGAGUGCUGCCAAGGAGAAAGAAAAAAGAUCCGGAUGCUGUCAAUCAGAAACCUCGCGUUGAGAACGUCAAUGCGUUGCUGGAUAUCCACAUGGACCGAACUUCGAACGGUACAUGA